UAAUGUUCACAACGUCUGAAACGCGGCAUGGUACUACUCAUGGUGGCCCCGUAGCUGAAGAAGAUGACCCCGAUGAAUUUUAACAUGAUGAGGUCAUUUGUGCACGCUCUGAAGGGGAAGGGAAAGAAGGAUGUAUCCUCGUCUUCAAGGAGUCAGGGAAAGAAGAAUGAUGGAUCCGCAUCUUCGGAUAGGCCUUCUCUCUUUAGAGGCAGCAGUUCUCAUCUGAGCCGAAGAAGUGCACUUCAGCGAUGUCUAGAUGAGGCUAUGCAACAAGAAGAGGAAGGUAGGGGUGCGGAUGAGGAAGAAUAUGUCGCGAACGUGGAUGGCGAUGGAGGUAGCGGAGAGGGAGAUGGGUGCGAGGACAGAGAAGAGUGCGAGGAUGGAGAUGAUGGAGAUGUACUUACAAUCAUUUCAUGA